GGCCACUGCACCAUGGAUAUAUACUCAAGUGGAGUAUAAAUGCUGGUUGGGCCAGUUAAUGUAUUUUCCUAAACCAUAAAAUGUAGGUAAUAAUAAACACAUGAUGCAGUUGAGGAACUCUGAAAGCUUUGACAAACACAUCCAUUCCCUUGUCCAGUGCCAGUAACAGCAUCAAACCUAUCAACAUGUCCAAGCUGCCCUGAGAGUAACACAUCUCUCAGGCUUGGAUUAUCUUGUCAUGUCUUCAUUAUCCCUACAUCAAUAUUUUGAAUUCCCCUCCCAUCAUGCAUGCCACCAGAGCUGCAGUGAUUCAUGGAGAAAGACCAGCACUGUCUUCUCAGCAUGACCAGGGAGGAGUGAGAAUUGAGAACAUGACAGUUUUGACCGCAUCAAUCAAUUAAAAAAAUUGGCUUUAUUUUAAUUUUGAUGAGACUAAACCUUAUUCAAUGUGUUGUGGUAUUUUGUCCGUGUGGUGUAACUAGUUUGCGGUGUUUGUUCUCCGUUAUUUUAAAAUCCAAUAUCAAUUUUGCUCAGUCUAAAAACCUAUCUGAGAGAUUCUUAUAAUUAAUCUUUGUUCCGUAGAUUCAAAUGUUUCCUGGCAGUAAUGGGCCUGAUAAACCAUUCUGGACAGCUACCAAAUGCCCUGUAACUGAUUGAAUGUAUAACCUCUUAAUAGCCUUCAAUAAAAUUGUUUCAACAGAGACUAUAUAAAUUAUUCAUGACAUUAAAUUUUAGUCAUGAUAUUUGUGGGUGAAAUUACCUUUUGUACAUUGUAAAUGUUUUCAUCUCUAAGUAUUUGACUGUCUUUGCUUAUUGCAAUGGGUUUUGAAUUUUAAUGGUCCAUGUUAAAAAAAAAGACCUGCACUGAAUAUUUGUUUUUAGGAGAGGCUGUAAAGUGCUACAGAAUAUUACAGAGCAUAAAUGCAGUGUGUUAAUCCAACUGUUGAUAAUGUGUCUACGGACCAAAUGUUAACAUGUAGUCAAAAUAUUAUCCUUUUGGGUCACGUUGAUGGCAAUUAGUAACUCAAUAAGACAGCUGAUAUCUGUCUUAAUUCUCAAACCACAGCACAACACGAGUUCAGUGCAUGAAACGUGACCUCAGCUCUGCCUCUGGAAGAAAAUAUGACACAUGAAACUGCAGGACGGAGGUAAAUCUAUAACUUGUUAUUCAAAUCCAGCUGGUGGAAAUUUUACAUCUGUGAAAUGUUAAUGGGUUGGAUUUCCUUCUUAGCAGUAUUACAUCCCAGGGAGACUGCCACAGUCUGAUUGUUUUAUUUUUAACUUAAUACCACAGUUUACAGCUGACUAUAAAAGAGACUAUUAUAUGUUUUAAAAUAUCCUUUAUUUCCUUUCCUGUUCAGAACAGAUACACAUUUGAACUUGUGUAUUAGAGUCUUAAAUUGUGAAGAAUGGAUUGAUAGGUUUGCAGCAUUAUCCAUGGGUGUAAAAAUCACGGCAAGUUUAGGUUGCAGUUAUAUUCUACAAGGUGGGAUCAUGGAAUAUGAAGGGAAUUGAAAUUUAAGUCCCACUCACAGCUGAUUUUCUGCCUAGGUACUUAUAAUACUCAUUAUCACUGCCAUUCAAAAAUACAUCAGCAGCUGUGAAGUCAAAAUAAGCAAUGAUAGUCCUGACCUGCUCAAAUUUAUACUUUAUUAAUAGGUUAGAUUCUGGGUUGGUUGGCUGCUGAUCUGCAUGGAAUUCAUAAGUUCUUUCACAAUGCAGCUAUAAAGUUAUAUUAAGACAUCAAUUUAAGACCGAGGUGAGGACUUGUUUUCUCUCAGAAAUGGUGGAAGGCUCUACCUCGGGACCUGUGCAGUUCUUGAAUUACAAAGUAUAUGUAAGUCUGAGAUAGAUAGACUUUUGGACUAUUGGGUGGCCAAGGGCUACGGGGGACUAUGGGGAGUAGACAAGAAAGCAGAGAUGAGGCCACAAUCCUGUUGAAUAGCUGAGCAGGCUUGAGAGGAAACAUGACCGACAGUGCCUUCAUAUUUCUUAAGUUCUUAAAUUUUACAUCACAGCUGAGUCUUGGGACCUAAUAGAAAUACGGAGAGGGGUUUCAAGCAGGAUGGGGCAAUUGGAUACACAAGGAUCAGCAGAUGCUGAAUCUUGCACAGAACACAAAGUGGGAGAUAACACAAUGGGUAAGGCAGCAUCUCUGGAGCAAAUAAAUAGGUGAUGUUUUGAGUUGGGACCCUUCUCCAGCCAAUUGGAUAUGUGAUUCCACACAGGAGCUCAUGGAUAACUUCAUCGCACAAAGGCCACAUGAAGGAACAAUGUAGAGGCAGAUCUAUGGGAUCGGGUAAUGUCUAAUAAGGAAAUGUAGCAAGCUGUUAAGUUUCUCUCCAUUGUGCAUAUGGGUGGGUUUUGGCAUCAAGUAUGAACUAGCUUGGCAUCUCAGUGACUCUCCCUGUAGAAUAAAUGAGCACGCCGUGACUCCCCAGCUCAUUCUAAUGAGAUUUCAGCACAUGCCAGAUCAACACAUGCACGCCAAUUCUAGAUACUAUAUGUAUUGUUGGGGAUCACUUUGCUCCAGCCUUAAAAAUAAUUGGUCAGUGCCCUAUAGAGAGACUAUCAGAUCCUCCUGUAGCCCCUUAGAUCCAAACUAAAGUGUCAGACAUUCAAAUAUAAGAGCUAUUUUCACCCAGACUAUGCAAUUAUCUAGAAGUUAUGGGAAACUUAGUCUCUGAAUGUACUCAAUAAAAGAGUGACACAUUCUCCAAUGGAAAUCAAUGGAAGAAAAUGUGGGGCGAUUGGCUGAAAUAUUUGUAUCAUUGAUAGCCACAAGCAUGAUCUGGAAGUUUGGAGAGUAGUCAACACCAUUUUUUUAAGAAAGACUAUGAAGAAACCCAGGAAGAGAGGUAGAUAGUUUCACUGGGCAUUCAGAGGGUGAAGCAUCUGAAAUGCUUGCCUUCAUCAGUAUAUUUAGAUAAGGCAAUUUAGUGUUGAAUGCCACGGGCCCAUCAAAGGUAUACAAGCUGCUGAGCGUCUACAACAUCUGGACAGUUUUGAUGGCUCUCGUGAGGAAACUGAUAGACUCUUAACCAAAGACAGCAGAACUUAUUUUGAUGAGAAUGACUUGGGGAUCUAGGAUCCAAUUAAUGCAUACACAACGUAUUAUUGGAAACUUGACUGAAGAGAAAAUUUGAAAAAAAUGACUUUACAACUUGAAGACCAAGGUUGAAUGGAAAAGCUGUAAAUUAAAGAGCCGAUAUUAUGUGGAAAGAUCACAUAUGUGGCAAUACCACAUUGCCAACCAUGACGUGCAUGGAUUCUUCGGCGCUUUCAAGCCCAGUAGGCUCAAACACCCAAGAAUCUCACCCAUUGCUCGCUUGUCCCUGGAGAGGGAGCACGAGGUGUCCACGGGGACUCUGGAUGCCUUCCGUGAACACUGUUCGCUGUGGGACGCUUGAGUGUAUUGUAUAUGAGGUUGACAACAUUGUAAUGUGAUAACUGUUUGAUUUUACUUCGGAGUCACGUGAGUGACUACGUGAAGAACCCACCCAGCGCGCAGGUGCGGCAUUACGUCAGCAGUGCAACAGCGGCAGCAGCUGGAGCCAGGCUCUCCAGCUGCAGCAUAAAGACAAGACCUCAGGUAAGUGCCUUUUUUGUAUUACAGAGUCGCUCCAGGGAGAAUUAUGGCCUCUCGAAAGCGACCAGCCAGGAGGACUGCCUGCCCAACUCCACCCGAGGACGGGUCCAUAGCUGGGCGGCAGCCUCUCGCAGCGGAGGAGCCUUUUCAACGCUCCCGCUCACCCGACACCGAGCCGCCCCCAGUGCUGCAGAUUUCAACGCCCCGCACAGGGAGGAAGGCGACUCAUAAGACCGACCGGCCGGUGUCCUCCGAUGAAUCGGAGGAACGGGAACACUCUCCCCCACCGAAAAGGGGAGACGCUCGGAUCAGCUGCAUGAGGCAGCUCCUAGAGCGAAUGAUUAACGAGGAGAUGCGGCAUCUCCCAGGAGGACGGGCUUUGGCCUCCUCCUCUCCAUACCCUUCUGUACCCUCUAUGUUCGAGGGCAGUAAGGGAGGCCAGGACUGGGCUGGCCUAUCCCAAGGGCAGGCGGAGGAUACCGUCAGCAUGCCGGGCGUGCCAGAAGAAGAGCUACUGGGUGUAGUGGGCCGAUACGCAGCGCCCCCAACGACUGGGAUGGUAUUACCACCCAGAAUGGCGGCCAGCAUAAACAGGCUGUCCAACAACCCGCUGCAGGACAAGGCCGUCCAGCAGGCCCUUGACAAUUACACAGCGCCAGAGAAUUGCGAGGCGCUGAGGGUCAAGACGGUCAAUGGGCAGAUCUGGAACCAGCUGGGGCAGCAAAUCAGGGCUCAGGAAGUCAAGAUGCAGCGAGUCCUGAAGCUCCACUCAGCAGCCGUCACCGCCUUUGCUCGGUCCGUUGGGAAUGAAGACCUGACCAUACCCCGGCAGGAUGCCCUCGCACUGAUGUGCAGCACCACCUAUGAGCUAAAUAGCCUACGGCGGGACAACAUCAGGCCUGCCCUCAACCCAACAUAUGCCGGCCUCUGCAAAGCUCCAGCGCCCGAACGAGAGGCGCUGCUAUUUGGUGCAGAUCUGGCCAAAAGGCUGAAGGAGUUGGAAGAGGCGGCCAAACCAGUAGGCCUCAUGAGGGCAGGGCCAGGACCGAGCAGGGUGAAGACACCCAGUUGGCCGCACGCCUCGGCAGCCACCAGCAGGUACCGAGCUGGUGAAAGCCUGGUGACCGCCUCCCACUACCCCCAGAGCUCUUUUUUAGAGCGGGGCCCAGGGCGGAGCCGUGGGAAGAUGCGCCGCCCCACCGCAGCACCAACACGGACAACCUUGGGCCAGACCCACCGAAAACGACCCCACAAGUAAACAUGGAGGUAGGUGGGUCUGGUUCCUGUCAACAUACACAGACAAAGGGUGUAGUAUUAACAGGAGGACGUUUGAGGUUCUUCAAGCAUGUUUGGUGCUCCCUUACUAACAAUAAGUUUAUACUCAACAGUAUUAGUGGAUACAAAAUUGAGUUCAAACCAGGCGUAGAACCGCCAGUUCAGCACAUGCCCCAAAGGGUGUUCCUUCCCUCAGCAGUUGAGAAGGUAGAAGGACAAGCUGAACUUGAUCGGCUCGUGGCUAAAGGCAUCAUAGAAAUGACCACACACGAGCCGCAAGAAUUUGUAUCAAAUAUUUUUCUCAAAACCAAAAAAGAUGGUGGACGUCGCAUUAUUAUUGAUCUGACGUCACUUAAUCAGUCUGUUGAGUAUCAACAUUUCAAAAUGGAGACAUUUGUCACUGCCAGACAACUGAUCUCCAAGGGAUACUACAUGGCAAGCAUAGAUAUCAAAGAUGCUUACUAUUUGGUACCCAUUCAUAAAGAUUAUUAUAAAUAUCUGAAAUUUAUCUGGAUGGGCCAGCUAUGGCAGUACCGAGCCUUGCCCAAUGGGUUAACGACAGCUCCCAGACUAUUUACGAAAAUUCUUAAAGUGGCCAUGAAGAAAUUGAGAGAACUAAAACAUUUAGUCGUGGCCUAUCUGGACGAUGUUCUCAUAUUAGGAAGAACACGGGAACAAGCUGUCGCAGGAGUGUUAGCCACUAAACAACUCCUUGAAACUUUGGGAUUCAUCCUUCACCCAGAUAAAUCAAUAUUGGAGCCUACUACUAACAUGGAUUACCUAGGCUUCACUAUUGACACUAUUCACAUGACUGUCACUCUGCCCAGAGACAAAAAAGUUUCACUCAUCGAAGCUUGUAACCAUUUAAUUGCUACACCGCAACCUAGGAUACGGCAUGUAGCCAGAGUUAUUGGCUCUAUAGUAGCAGCAUUCCCGGCUGCCCAACAUGGGCCCUUGCAUUAUCAAAAUCUACAAAGAGCAAGGACUCAUGCAUUACGCCUUAAUAGGGGGCAUUAUGAUCGCAAAAUGGAAUUACCCGCUGAAGCCAAAUCAGAACUUCAGUGGUGGGUUGAUAAUAUUUGGCACAGUCACAGUCCUAUCGCCGUAACCAAUCCUAACAUAACCAUUGCAACGGAUGCCAGUGCUUUAGGCUGGGGAGCUACUAACUCCAUAGACAGCACAGGUGGCAGAUGGACUAACUCAGAGGCAUCGCUACUACAAUCACUGGGCAUUAACUUCUUGGAAAUGCUCGCCGCCUUUUAUGGGCUAAAAGCAUAUGCAUCUGAUAUGCGGCACGUGCAUGUUAGGAUUAUGAUCGACAACACUACGGCGGUAUCUUAUAUCCAGCACAUGGGUGGCAUAAAAUCAGUAUCAUGCGACAAAUUAACUGCUAUAAUCUGGCAAUGGUGUGUCGAGAGACAUAUUUGGCUAUCAGCUGCCUAUUUACCAGGCAAGCUAAAUUUAGUGGCGGACACCAGGUCACGAAAAUUCAACGACAACAUCG